AUGGCAGCUGAUCCCAUCGGAGAAGUUAUUGUUGAAAUUAGUUCUUACACCACAAGAAGCUCAGCCUCAGCUCAAGUUUUUCCGGACACAACAAGCCCCUCAAACUUAGAUAUUACAAGUACAAAUUGGGAAUGUGGUGAGCUCAAUCCACAGGACGCGUGGCUACCCAUCACUGAGUCCAGGAGUGGCAAUACCUACUAUGCUACCUUCCAUUUACUCUCUUCAGGAAUUGGAACUCAAGCCCUUUUACUACCUCUUGCAUUUGCCACUCUUGGAUGGCCUUGGGGAAUUAUAUGCUUCUCACUAGCAUUUGUGUGGCAAAUAUACACCAAAUGGCUUCUCGUACAUCUACACGAAUCUGAAAAUGGAUUUAGGAACAGUAGAUACCUCCACCUCGCACUAACGGCCUUCGGUAAAAAGUUAGGGAUGAUUCUAGCAAUGUUCCCAGUUAUCUAUCAAUCAAAUGGUACUUGUGCACAGCUGAUCAUCGUAGGAGGUGGAACCUUGAAGCUUUUCUUCAAAACUGUGUGUGAGGAUGGAGCCACUUGCCAUCCAUUGACUGGUACCGAGUGCUUCUUGUUGUUUACAUGCAUGGCUGUGGUUCUCGCCCAAUUUCCCAACUUGAACUCCGUAGCUAGACUCUCCUUGAUCGGUGCCGUCGCAUCAGUUGUAUAUUGCACUACUGUUUGGACUCUUUCAGUUGGAAAAGGCAGGGACCAUGACUACACAUCAUAUGAUCCACCAGCGAUGGAGUCCACCAUGGAUAUAUUUGGUGGCAAACUGAAUGCUGUUGGCAUUAUUUUUCUUACAUUCAGAGGUCACAAUGUAAUUCUUGAGAUACAGGGCACAUUACCAUCAAACCCCAGAUACCCAAUACAUAAGCGAAUGUGGAGAGGAGUGACUAUAGCUUAUGCACUCAUAGCCGUGUGUUUUCUUCCUCUGGCCAUAGGUGGAUUUUGGGCUUUCGGCAACAAGGUACCAACUUCCUAUAGAGGAGUAUUAAUCUUGGUUUCACAAUUCCAUGGACAUAAAAACACUUCAAACUUUGUACUUGGAUCAUUUUGCAUGCUUGUGGUGAUACACUGCUUAAGCACAUUCCAAAUCUAUGGCAUGGUGGCUUUUGAUAGUCUGGAGUCAAAGUACACUAUCAGGAAGAACAAGCCGUGUCCAAGGUGGCUUCGCGUAGCUUUACGCAUUUUCUCCGGAGGAGUGGAAUUCUUCAUAGCAGUUGCUCUUCCAUUCUUGGGAAGCCUGGCACCUCUAAUCGGAGGGUUGACAUUGCCUUUGGCAUAUGCUUACCCAUGUUUCAUGUGGAUUUCAAUCAAGAAACCAAAGCAAAAAGGAGCAGUGUGGUGGAUUAACAUAGGACUUGGAUGCUUAGGCUUGGCUUUGAGUGUCAUUUUAGUUGUUGCAGCAGCUUGGAAUUUAGCUGACAAAGGUCUAAAUGCCAACUUCUUUAAGCCUUAA